AAAGUGAAUACUUGAAAUGUAUUCAAAAGACUUCAGGGAUAUCUCGAAAUCUGCGGUUUGGCUGGCUUAUCCGAUCGGGAGAUUCCGCUCACUGGACUCCGCCGAAUCAUGGCCCGCGGCAUUGCCAUCGCCGCGGGCCCGGCCGCCGGGGCCCGGCCCCCGCCCGGCGGGCACUGCCGCACGGUCUCAUUCGGAGUCAAGGGACUCGGGGGUGAGCCGCGCGGGCGGCCUGCCUCAGAGCCCGGCGCUUCACAGACUCAAGACUCAGUCACUGAGUCACGGAGUCCGCCGCCGAGGCCCUGCCUCUCCCACUCGUACGCUUCGUUGAAGCCAACAGUUCGGUACAGUUCAUCAAAGGGCAACAAAUAAGGUUCCCUUGGCUCCGUUGAUAUUUGUUCUUCGUUCUUUAUAGCUUGGAGAGUGCUCUUCACAGCAGCAAUGUAGCAAUUGAGCAAAGUCACUCCCCGCAAUGAAAGGCGGAAUCCCAUCGCUCCAGCUUCUCCUGAGCUGAAAAUGUGUACCCCAGGCCGUUCUACUUGCGCCAGCAUUGUUGGAACUUGUAGAGAACGGUUGAUGAUCUCCAUCUCUUCUUGAUUUGCAAGGCCUUCAGCGUAGACA